AAUCUCCAUCAAGAACUUGAAGCAAAAUUUUAUGAAGACACUUUUGACUGGGACCAAGUACGAAAUAAUGAUGCAGCAGGACUGCUGAAAAUGUUUAUAAGAGAACUCCCAAGCCCACUCUUCACAGUAGAAUAUCUCCCUGCUUUCAUCACACUAGUAGAAAAAAUCUCCAAGAUCAAGUUACAACUACAAGCUUUGCAUCUGUUGAUCAUGCUGCUGCCUGAAGCCAACAGAGACACAGCCAAGGCCUUUCUUCAGUUUCUGAAGAAGGUGGUUGCUAAUGAAGGGAAAAACAAGAUGAAUUUGUGGAAUGUUUCUAUGAUUGUUGCACCAAACCUCUUCAUCUACAAAGGGAAACGUGCAAACCAACAAGAAAUGCAAGCAGCUGCCACCACAGCGCACAUUGUGCGGCUUUUGAUUCGGUACCAGGACAUCCUGUGGACAGUCCCAUCCUUCUUGAUAUCUCAAGUGAGAAAAAUGAAUGAGGCAGCGAUGAGCAACAGCAAGAGACAGCUGAUGUUUGACAAAGGAGUGAGAAAACUUCUGAGGAGAAAGACCAUGGAACGUGAGAGACCUGAAAGACCAGAGGGAGCUGUCACUUUUCCCCCGUACCUGCAGUCUGACAUACCCGAGGGGGUGAUAAGAGUUUAUGCUCCACUGCAUUCAAAAGUUUCUAUGGCAAUUCAACUCAACAGCCAAACAAAAGCCAAAGACAUCCUGGCUCGAUUCCACUGUGAAAACAGCCAUGGAUCAUCACAGAACAUGAGAGGCCAGAUCCAAAGUUUACAUGAAAUUGGAGGAAAUAUAGGUCAGCACUGUUUGGAUCCAGAUGCAUACAUGUUGGAUGUCUACCGUGCAAAUCCUCAGGCAGAAUGGGUGAUAAAACCAAAAGCAAGCUGA